UAGUUAUAACUCAUGAUGAAGGGAUCAACCAAGACUUCCAACGGUCAAAAGCAAUCCAAUGUCGGUUCCUAACGUUCAUUGUUCCUUUCCCUCUGAUCCAUAACGGUCACAUUUGCACUCUUCAGUAUCACGUGCGCACACGCACUCACUCAAAGCUCUCUGGGUCUCUCAACUCACUCGUCUCUCUCUCCCUCUCCCUCUCUCUCUCUCUCUCUCCAUGGAACCCGCGAAAAUUGACUGGAAGAGACUUGAGUGGAACUUCGUGGAAGACGAACUCUUCGAGCACAUCAACGCGCCCAAGUGGGUCGACUUCUUGGCCCUUGACCACUCCGUCAAUGAUCACGCUGAUGAAGCUUGGUUUUGCAAGCCUGAUUGCAGACAUCCCAAGACAGCUGAGGAUUUUCUCAGAUCAAUAACUCCUCCUUCCAAGAAGGGUUUUAGUCCGGGCUGUGUUUCCGAGAAUCUUCCAUUUAGUGACAAAAAUAGAAGAGAUGUGAAAAUCAAGAGAAGGAUGCCGGCAGUGUCCUCAGCUUCACCCAAAGCUGAUAAAUUUAGAUUCAACCAAGACAGUGAAAACCAAGACCCGAAUGUGUUCACUCCUCCUACUUCUAAAAUUAACCUCAUGAAGGAAGCAAUUAAGUCUAGUGAGGAGAAGAAGAAUUUGGUUGAUGACACCUUCGAGGACCACAAGGUGCCCUCUUUGAGAUCAACCUUAUCCGCCAAAAACUUGUUUGCGGGCAGGCCAAUUCUGAAUCAAAUCACUGAAUUCUGCAAUGAAUUGAAGAAACUGGCAAUAAGAGCUAGGGAGAGAGAAAAUGCAGAAAAUUCGACCCCCAAAGAGAGUGAAGCCAAAGAGAGUGAAGAGGUAGUAGAGAAGACCCUAUGUUCUGUUCAACCUUUGGCACAGUCAGAUAAAAAAAAGACAGAAAGGAAGCCACUGCUGGAAGUAAGUAAGGCUGAAAGAUUGGAGGGAAUGUGUGUAAAAGGGAAGCAACAGAGAAAAAAAAGAACUGAUGAGGCAGAGAACAUGCCAGUAACUAUUGACCUAGAGAAUAUAAAGCACAAGAGGGAGGAGAGUUUACAGCAAAUUCGAACAAAUCCUCCCUCUCCUCAGUGCUUCUCUGCAGCACGUGGAUUCAACAAACCCACCCCUUCAAAGGCUUAUAAAUCCCGGCUAAUGGAGAGAGGAAUACUUGAAGAAAUUGAACUAAAGAAGGAAAAUGUGAAGGAGGAGUCUCCUGCAGAGAAAAUGAGAAGCAAUACGAUAGUUGAUGGAAGAGAAACAAAAGCUUUGGACAUGUUUUGGUUCCUGAAGCCUUGCACACUGUCAAGCUGAGUUUUGGAAACUAUUAUGUCAUUCUUUCAUUUGUUUUUUCAAUACAAGUAAUCAUUCUUUAUAACUGUAGUUAUCUUUUCUUAAUUUGUUGUCAUAUGUUUCCCAUACAGAUUCUUGUUUGUACCAUUACAUGAAACUUGAACAAAGAUUUUAUUAAUAAGUUAUCAAGUACAUGAAAC